GGUGGACCUGCCGUUCUGUGGGGAUGAACUGGGCUCGAGACUCCUCCAGUGAGUCAGGACAGGGCAGAGAGAACAAACACACAGGAUUUGUUCUGCUUCUGAGCAUUUAAGGGCACAGGCGCACGAUCAGUGGGAACGUUGGACGGUCACAUUGUAAAGAGGUAAUUCCAUCAGACUGAGAAAAUGACGGCUACAAAUGUACCAAAGGACAAGUACAAUGCAGUGUGGCUGAUAUUCUUCAUUCUGGGCCUGGGAACACUCCUGCCCUGGAACUUCUUCAUGACGGCCACAAUGUACUUCACCAGCCGCCUGAAAGACCCUGAACUGGAGGUCCGUCUGAACCUGACAGGGAACGGCACGGACAGGGCUGUCGGCACGCCCAGCGUUCUGGAGGCAAAGUUCAACAACGUGAUGACCCUGUGUGCCAUGGUGCCCCUGCUGGUGUUCACCUGCCUCAACUCCGUUCUGCACCACAGGAUUCCCCAGGCCGUGCGGGUGAUGGGGAGCCUUGGCUGCAUCCUGGGCCUCUUUCUCCUGACCGCCAUCUUUGUGAGGGUGGAGAUGACGCCCAUGACCUUCUUCAUCAUCACCAUGAUCAAGAUCAUCUUCAUCAACUCGUUCGGGGCCAUGCUGCAGGGCAGUCUGUUCGGCAUGGCCGGGCUCCUCCCCACCUCCUACACCACGCCCAUCAUGAGCGGCCAGGGCCUGGCGGGAACCUUCGCCGCAUUCGCCAUGAUCUGCACGCUGGCCAGUGGCUCAGAUCUGCAGGACAGUGCGUUUGGCUACUUCAUCACGGCAUGUGUGGUGAUCCUGGUGGCCAUCGGGUCCUACAUCAUGCUGCCCAGGAUGGAGUUUUACAGACACUUCCAGCGCAGCGAGUCCAAGCCAGCCACCAAUGAGGAGAACAAGGUCACACUGCUGGAGAAGGGGAGCUCGUCAGACACAAAGCCAGAGCCAGAGCCCAUCCAGGAGGGCAUCCCAGCCGUGUCGUUUCAGACCGUCUUCAAAAAGAUCUGGCUGAUGGCGGUGUGCGUAUCCUUUGCCUUCACUGUCACCAUCGGCAUGUUCCCAGCCGUCAUCGUCGACAUCAAAUCAAGCGCCACCCCCGGCAGCUCCUGGGAAAAAUACUUCAUCCCAGUGUCCUGCUUCCUGCUCUUUAACCUGCUGGACUGGUCUGGGCGGAGCCUAACGGCCGUGUGUCUAUGGCCCGGUAAGGACAGUGUGUUCCUGCCCGUGCUGCUGCUGGUGAGGGUGGUGUUCAUCCCGCUCUUCAUGCUGUGCAACGUGCAGCCGCGGCUCUACCUGCCCGUGUACUUCACACACGACGCCUGGGUCAUCGUGUUCAUGAUCAUCUUCUCCUUCUCCAACGGCUACCUGGCCAGCCUCUGCAUGUGCUACGGCCCCAAGAAGGUGCUUCCCCAUGAAGCAGAGACUGCGGGGGCCAUCAUGGCAUUCUUCCUCUCUCUGGGUCUGGCCCAGGGGGCGGGGCUGUCCUUCCUCUUCAGGAGCCUCGUUUAAAUAUCACUACCCCAUUGGACACAAAGGCAGAGCCCCGCCCCCAUCAGCUCUGGGGGGAGGGGGCAAACAAGACCUCUACAUUUGAACAAAUGACCUCAUUUAAAAACACCUCACUUUAGUGUUUAGGUUUUUGUGUUGUUAAGGAUGUGCAUCAGCCUCAUGGCCAAUAGGAAUGGAGAAUGGCUGCAGUGGCUUUCUGGAACAGCAUUUAUAGCAUAAAAAAACACAACUGAAUUUCAGAGAGAUGGAGAUCUGGUUGUGUUUGUACCCUGGAAACACGCAGGGCUGUUUCAACUUUGCAGUCUGGAUAGCACAUUUGUAGAAUAUAUUUUUAAGCUGUAAAACCUGAUGAUGAUUUUAUCAGCGGAUAUGAAACAUUGAUGUACUUAAUUAACUGUUGUGUUUUAGCUCUUGUGUUAUACUUGCAUUUUGAACUGCAGUUUGAGGCUUUUUAAAGGAUCAGCUUGAGUUUGAGGGUUUUAAAGGGAACUCAUUUGUUUGAGUAUGAUUUGAUGCCAAUUUCCAAAUUUUAUUACUUCACUUCCUGUUGGAACCGUUCAACAUGCAGCAUUUUCACCAAAACAUUUCUCUAUGACAGCACAGUCAGACACUAUUUUAUAUCCUGUAUGCUAUAUGAAAUGAAUUUAGUCAUUCGAGCCACUGGACCAAAUAUUGUUUCAGUUCUUGUUGUUGAAAACAGAAAAGACAGCUGGCACUGUGGAAAUAGAAGUACAGUUUGUGCAUUUUGUUCAUUGUUGAAAUAUAGAUCUUAAUGUGUGUAAAUACAUGGGUAAGUAUUCACAGUACUUUAUCAUACAUGCAUAACACGCAUAACUGCACGUGUACACAAUUACAGUUCUUUAAUGUGUGUACAUAUGUGCAGUUCCUUAUUGGCAGGGCUGGCUGCUAUGAUAAUAGAAUAUCACAAACGCACAAGUUUUAAUAUCUGUCACCCUAAUGUGUGCUGCGUCACACAGACCUGGGAACCAUCAGAACAGCCACAACUUCACGCUGUUCUCUUUUCAAAUUAAAACACGUAUUUAUA